AUGGGCAGAAAGGCCUGCGUGGCCCAGGCCCAGGUGGUGACAAUUGUGGAGCAGGACCUGAGCCAGUCGGGUUCCUUCCUGGCACGGUUCGUCGAGGCCAUCCACUACUACUCGGCGCUGUUCGACUCGCUGGACGCGAGCUACGGCGAGGACAGCCCCGAGCGGCACGUCGUGGAGCAGCAGCUGCUGUCGCGGGAGAUCCGCAACAUGCUGGCCGUCGGCGGCCCCGCGCGCACGGGCGACGUCAAGUUCGUCGGCAGCUGCCGGGAGAAGCUGGCGCAGUCCGGGUUCUGCGCGGCGCCGCUCGCUGGCGGCGCCGCCGCGCAGGCGUCGCUGCUGCUGGGAAUGUUCCCCUCCGACGGGUACACGCUGGUGGAGGAGAACGGCGCGCUCAAGCUCGGGUGGAAGGAUCUCUGCCUGCUCACCGCCUCCGCCUGGCGCCCGAUUCAUCAGGCCCCGUGCCGUUAA